AUGAUUGGGGGGAUUUUUCCCGUUUUCAACAAAGAGUUACUAAGUAGCACUUCUACAUUCAAGAGCAAGCCACUUGGAGUGAAGUGUGAAGGAUUUGACCUGAGAGCUUUUCGAUGGACCCAAAUGAUGAUAUUUGCAAUUGAAGAAAUCAACAAAGAUCCUGCUCUCCUCUCAAAUAUAUCUCUUGGCUAUAGGAUCCUUAACUCUUGUGCAUCUCCUACAAAUACUAUACGUGCUGCAAUAACACUGGCUAGUGGAACAGAGAAAAAUGAACUGAAUUGUCAUCCAGCUUUAUCUGCCCUCAUAGCAGAGUCAGGAUCCUCUCAGUCUAUAGCUGUGGCUGGAACUCUUGGACCAUUUGGUCUGCCAAUGGUAAGUUACUUCUCAACAUGUGUCUGCCUAAGUGACAGAGCUAAAUACCCUACAUUUUUUCGGACAAUCCCAAGUGACUACUUCCAGGCAAAAGCUUUGGCAGCACUGGUCAAACAUUUUGGCUGGCAGUGGAUUGGGGCCAUACAGUCAGACAAUGAUUAUGGGCGAAGUGGUAUCCUGGCUUUUACUUAGGAGGUUAAAAAGCUGGGGGUUUGCAUUGCAUUUGUGGGUUCAAUUCUACGUACAUACACUAUGGAUAAAAUUCAGCAUGUUGUGGAAAUGAUCAAGCAGUCGACUGUCAAAGUCAUUCUUGCUUUUGUUCCAGAGGGUGACUUUUACCCUUUGAUGAAGGAGGUUGUGAAACAGAACAUUACAGGAAUUCAGUGGAUUGCAAGCGAGGCCUGGAUAACAGCAACUCGACCCUCCACACCUGAAAUCUACCAAGCUUUUGGUGGAACCCUAGGAUUUGUAGUGCAAAAGAUGGCUAUUCCAAAUCUACAAACAUUUCUUACAGGCAUUAACCCUUAUACUGAUCCAAGUGCAGCCUUUGUGAGGGACUUCUGGGAGAUUAUGGUCACUGAUCAGCUACAAAAGGUGCAUUUUAGGAAUCAGUUUGGUGAUGAUGUAUUUUUUGAUGUCAAUGGUGACUUUCCUGCUUCUUAUGAUAUUAUCAACUGGCAGUUGAUAGAUGGGCAGUCGGUGUGCUCUAAUGUUUGUCCAGUAGGAACUAGACAAGCUCAAAUGAAAGGAAAACCCAACUGCUGUUUUGACUGUAUCCAAUGUGCUGAUGGAACUAUAGCAAACUCAACAGGUGCAACCGACUGCACACCAUGUCCACAUGAAUACUGGUCCAAUGAGAAGAAAGAUGAAUGCAUUCCUAAAGCAAUUGAGUUUCUGACAUAUAACGAGCCGAUGGGAAUAGCUAUCACAGUUGUAUCCCUGUUUGGUGCCUCCCUGUCACUGGCCAUGAUGAUGGUCUUUAUCCACUACAGAAAGACUCCUUUGAUAAAAGCAAGCAACUGCGAGCUGAGUCGUUUCCUGUUGUUUUCUCUUUUUUUGUGUUUUCUCUGUCCACUCACUUUCAUCGGCAGACCCACAGUCUGGACAUGCAUGCUGCGCCACACAGCUUUCGGAGUGACAUUUGCACUUUGUAUAUCAUGUGUCUUGGGAAAAACAAUUGUUGUUGUUACAGCUUUCAAAGCCACAUUUCCUGGCAACAAAUUUGUAGGAAAGUUUGGUCCGGCACAGCAAAGGAUGAUAGUUUGCUCCUGCACUUUUAUUCAGAUGAUAACAUGUGUGUUGUGGCUUAAAUUAAGCCCGCCUUUCCCAGACAUGGUUUUCAGAUACAGCAAUAAGAAGAUUGUUUUAGAAUGCAACACAGGCUCUGAGGCGGCUUUCUAUGCAGUGCUGGGGUACAUAGGGAUCCUUGCAAUACUGUGUUUGGUCCUGGCAUUUCUAGCAAGAAAGUUACCUGAUAACUUUAAUGAAGCCAAAUGUAUCACUUUCAGCAUGCUAAUAUUCUGUACUGUCUGGAUCACCUUUAUCCCAGCGUACUUGAGCUCUCCUGGGAAGUUCACUGUAGCUGUGGAAAUAUUUGCAAUUUUGUCUUCGGCAUUCGGCUUAUUAAUUAGCAUUUUUGCACCUAAAUGUUACGUAAUAUUGAUCAAGCCAGAGAAAAAUACCAAGAAGCAUGUCAUGGGAAAAACUUUUAACUAA